GGCGGUGGUGUGUGCGCGCGCGCGCGCGCGUUUGUGUGUGCGAAAAAGAUCGGCAAAAUAAAUCGGUCCACGGUGACGAGUGAAAGUAGAUCGGGCAGGCAGCCGGGCAAGAUGAUGAAGAAGGAGAAGCCGAUGAUGUCGGUGUCGGCCAUCAUCCAGGGGACUCAGCACUGGGCGCCACGUGGCAACUGGCUGAAUUUGGAUAACAGCAAUAUGUCGAUGUCGUCGGUGGGCCCGCAGAGUCCUCCCGACAUGAAGCCCGACACGGCUCUUAUCAAUCCGGGGAACUUCAGCCCAUCGGGUCCCAACAGUCCGGGCGGCGUAAAUCUCACGGACGAUCGUUCUCUGCUUUGCAUGAGAAGAUCCUUCAAUACCAUCCUGCUGAGUACAUCGCCCAGCGGCCAGAGCAAAACGCCUUAUCCGCCUAAUCACCCCUUGUCGGGCAGCAAGCAUCUGUGUUCGAUCUGCGGCGACCGUGCGAGCGGCAAGCACUACGGCGUCUACAGCUGCGAGGGAUGCAAGGGCUUCUUCAAGAGGACCGUGCGCAAGGAUCUGUCGUAUGCGUGCCGCGAGGAGAAGGCCUGCACCAUCGACAAGCGACAGAGAAAUCGCUGUCAGUACUGCCGGUACCAGAAGUGCCUGACCAUGGGGAUGAAGAGGGAGGCAGUGCAGGAGGAACGUCAGCGUACCAAGGAGCGGGAUCAGAACGAGGUGGAGAGCACGAGCAGUUUGCACGCGGACAUGCCGAUCGACCGUAUCCUCGAGGCGGAGAAGUGGAUUGAGUGUAAGAUAGAGCACCAGGGGCUCUACGAGAACACAAUGUCGCUUUGCAACGUCACGAAGCAACAGCUCUUCCAGCUAGUGGUAUGGGCGAAGCACAUACCGCACUUUACGUCGUUGCCGAUAGACGAUCAGAUGCGUCUGCUUAAAGCCGGCUGGAACGAACUGCUAAUAGCCGCCUUCUCCCAUCGUUCCAUCGAUAUAAAGGACAGUAUCAUUCUGACAACGGGCGCCGCGGUGCAUCGGCAAUCGGCGCAACAGGCGGGUGUGGUAACGUUAUUCGAUCGCGUGAUCUCGGAGCUGGUGUCGAAGAUGCGCGAGAUGAAAGUGGACAAGACCGAACUCGGAUGUCUUAGAUCAAUUAUUCUCUUCAAUCCGGACGUGCGAGGCCUCAAGUCUGUCCAAGAAAUCAAUCUACUGCGCGAGAAGAUUUACGCCUCUCUGGAGGAGUACACCCGAGUGAACUGUCCGGAGGACCCCGGCAGAUUCGCCAAGCUGCUGCUCCGCCUGCCAUCCAUCCGUUCGAUCGGUCUCAAGUCGGCCGAGCACAAUUUCUUCUUCAAGCUAAUCGGCGAGGUAGAUCGGGUUGAAGAAUUCCUCGCGGAAAUAUUGGAGUCACCGUUGGAUCCUUAG